AUGGAGGUCAGAGCCGAAGGAAGCCUUUCAAGCCCAUCAGAGGAACGCUGGCCCAGCGGCUUCCAUUUGGGCGUAGACUAUUAUCCUUCACAUUGGCCAGAGGAAAUGUGGGAACCGGAUGUAGCCCGCAUGAGAGACACAAACCUCACUUACGUUCGUGUCAGCGAGUUCGACUGGACUUUACUGGAGCCCGAAGAAGGACAUUACAACUUCACGAUUCUUGACCAGACUAUCGAACUCCUCGGUCGUCACAACUUGAAGGCAAUUAUUGGAACGCCGACUGCCGCGCCGCCGGACUGGAUUUGUGAAAAGUACGACAUUUAUCCCGUUGACGUCAACAACGAUACCCUGCACUUUGGCUCUCGGCGACACUACAGCUUCUCCUCUUUUGACUACCGACAGCUCAGUCAAAGCAUCACGGAAGCGUUGGCUAAACGAUAUGGAAAUAACUCGAUCGUUGCUGGCUGGCAAUUGGACAAUGAAUUUGGAGGCGCUAGAAGCUUCGACCAAAACGCAAAGAAGCGGUUUAGGCAAUGGCUCGAGGAAAAGUACGAUACUAUCGAGAACCUCAAUCAGAGACAAGGCCGUGUCUUCUGGUCUUCUCAGUACACCAGUUUUGAAGCGGUCCAGCCUCCCUUUUUAGAGGUCUACAUCAACAACCAGGCUCAUAAGCUUGACUGGUAUCGAUUUAGUUCGGACAUGGUUAUCGACUUUGCCAAAGAGCAAGCGUCAAUUCUGAGAAAAUACGCCCCAAACCAAGCUAUCACGACCAACUUCAUGAACAUGUUUACUGAGUUCGACCACCACAAGUUCUCUCGCGAAGUAGGACUCGACUUUGCGACAUGGGACAACUACCCGCUUUCCGGACUCACCUCGUUUUCUUCGGUGACCCAGCAGGAGCAAGCCGAUUACUUGCGGACUGGCCUUCCGGAUCUUCAAGCCAUGAACCACGCACUAUAUCGUGGUAUUGCAGGAGCGGCUUAUAAGAGACGUUCAGGCCCCUUUGGAGUUAUGGAGUCCCAACCUGGACUGGUGAACUGGGGCCAGUACCGUGUGUCUCCACUCGAGGGCAUGGUGAGACUCUGGACGCACGAGGUGUUUGCCGAGUCCGGUGACUUUGUGUCGUAUUUCAGAUGGCGGCAGGUCCCCUACGCACAGGAGCAGACGCUCUCGGCUUUGUUUGUGUCCGACAACUCUCCCGACCAAGGUUACUCGGAAGUUCAAGUCGUUGCCAGCCAAGAUCUAGAAAAGCUCCGAGAAGCGGAGGGGGCCAUCGGGCAAGGUCAAGCAGACGUAGCUCUGAUCUUCGACUAUACUGCCGACUGGGUAUGGGGAAUCGAACCACACAGUGGCGGGUGGGACAACAAGCAAUCCCAGUACUCCGGUGCGGUGCUAAGCUACAAAGACAUUGCCUACAGUUUCUACGUGGCCAUCCGCCGCCUCGGGCUCUCGGUUGACAUCAUUGGUGCCGAUCAACCGAUCGACGGCUACAAGAUGGUAGUCGUCCCCAGCCUUCCAAUUAUCCCUGAUGCUUUCGACUCCGCGCUCGCCAAGUACUCUGGGCCAGUUGUUUUCGGACCAAAUUCCGGGUCCACUUCAGAGGACUUCUCUUACGCCGUAGGCCUGAAUCCUUCCAAUGGGACGCUACGUGAGCGCCUUCCUAUGCGCGUCACCCGAAUCGAAACGACACCUAGCUGUGCUGGAAGCAAUGUGUCCUAUGCCGGCUCAACUUUCGAAAUCUCGAGCUGGGAGGAGUGGAUCAGCUGCGAGAGAGAAAGCAACACGAGCAAAGCCACAGUCUCGUAUUCUUCUGCGUUUCGCAAGGGUCAACCUGCCGCAUGCUCAAAGGAUGGAACUCAUUAUCUAGCAUUCAACCCCCCUGCAGAUUUUCUAGUUUCAUAUCUUGGCGACGUGGCCGCGGACGCAAAUAUCAAGGCGCUUACGGGAAAGCUGGCGAGCAAAGAUGGCGAUCUUGGCCCUACGAUACGAUUGGCAAAACGGGGGAACCUGAUCUGGGUAUUCAACUAUGGAUUGGAGUCGGUAGAGCCGCCUAAGAUUGAGGGAGCAGAGCUGUUAAUUGGUGAUCGGGACGUGAUUCAUCCAGCUAAUCUUGCUGUGUAUAAACUCUAA